AGAAAGGAAGAUAAAUUGUUUAAAUUUUCCACACCGUGUCGUAUUUUUUUUUCUCAAUCAAUUUGAAGGAAAAACACAAAACAUCAUGUGAACAACAACUAAAAAUUCAGAGAAGAUUCAACAACCUAUCCCAAGAUCUUCACCUGGAAGAUGGGUCGAGGAUCGUCUUGACGCGAUCAACACACGAUCAUCGACCAGAUACAGCGAAGUCAGUGCGCGUCUAGGAGCGCCAACUGCAUGGCUCAAUGAAUUCUUUUCUAAAAGAAAAAGCUUCUUCAGUCAAAAAUUCAUAAGACCAUAAGCCUAUUUAUUGGAAAGAAAACAACAAAAAAGAAGAAAAAAAAAUAGUAACAAGAGCAGCAUCAGACAACCGUUACAAUAUAACAUAACACAACAACGCGCCGCUUUUGAAGAAAAGAAAAAGACCAAGAUUUCAAAUUUUAAGAAAAACAAAAACAAACCAAGAAAAUAAAAAAAAACUAAGCUCUGAAGAAGAUUCAAACUUUAUUGCCUCUGAUACAAUUUCAAUUUACCUGGCCAAGUCAGUUAGCGUAGACCAUCAGCUUAGCGCACAACUCGCACUUAUCACGCGCAUGCGCCCCGUGUCGUCGUAUUGGCCGUUGUCGUUGCCGUUUGCCGUCGCUGCAUACGCGACCACAAGAUCAGUGAUCGGUUGUGUUUAAACACUGGAAAGUAGUAAUCUAUCUAUCCAACACAUUUAUGUUGCCAGAAAUGUAUCUAAACAUUGAAAAUCGCGAUUAAUUUGUGUCUAACAACAUCGACGCUAGAUGAACCUAGUUACUCAUUCAAAUGAUGAUGACAGGUUGACGUUGAAUGUGUGUUCGAAGCUCUGAGCUAGAAUCGAAAAAUAUACUUUGUAUAAAAGUGUUUAAAAAAAAGUAUCUAUACCCUCCGAAAAAGCAACUAAAAAAGUAUCUUUAAAACAAAUAAAUUUAUAAAAAAAAUACUUGAAAAAUACAAAUUUCGAGUGAAAGUGCAGUUUUUCUUGAUUUUCAUUCCUUUCGUGUUUUUUUUUGUUUCUUGUUCGAUACCCAAAUGAUAGAUACAUCAAAAAUAUUACAAAUUAGUGCUUAAAAAAAUAAAAAGAUACAAAAAGUGAAGAGUUUGUUGAUACAAGACUCCAACUAUAAUUUUUGUGAGUAUCUUUAAGAUACAUGGUGAUGUGUGGUGUAUUAAUGUUUUUUUUGAAAGAUUUAUCUACGUGGAUUAUAAAUAAAUAAGGAAAAAUAUAAUUAACCGCACAAUUAUUUCAUUUUGAUUUAAUUAUUAUUAUUAUUAAUUUUUUUGGAGAGAGAGAAUACAAAACAUGGUUACGUGCAAAGUGGAUACAACUGUUGCCGUACCAAAAUUUAAUAUCAAUAAAUUUGUUGCAUCGAAUGCGAAUAGUGUUGGAAUCAGUAAUGGUAAUGGUAUUUUAGCUGGUGCUAAUAACACUAGUGCUAGUGAUCGUCGUCCCAGAAAACCAUCUUCAUCAUCAAAUAGUAAUUCAUCGGGAUUUCGGUUACUCGACGCUGAUCAAUUGGAAACAGCAUCAAGUGUUAGCAGAAAUUCAAUUUAUAAACUUAAAAUCGAUCUAAUGUUCGACGAUACUAGAUCAAUUCGGAGCAACCGCUUGGAUGAUCCUCGCGGUUCGCAUCGUACACGUUCCAUCAUCAUGUAUGGUCGUAGUGAGUUGGCCAGCACCGCAGGCGAGAGUGCAAGAUCAAUUUUACUCGAGGAACCCAGUGAACCAGUAAAGGCAUCUUCAGUUAUUACGGAAAAUAUGAAAAAGGACGUUCGGAGAAUAAGCAAUAGUGUACAAGCUCAAAUUGAGCGUAUGUUCACGGAUGUGGCUAAAGAUGCAACGUGUAGUUUCGCCGUCACCUGCUUAGGAUCGCUCCCACUCAAAGACAAAGUCACAAGUUUGCAAGGUUUGCAAGAACCCCUGAGGGAUUUAUAUUUGCGAUCGAUUGCUAAAGAUAAAUCCAAUUCCGGCUAUUUAGACAUCUGCGCAACGGGACUGCGAGUUAAGCCUGGCAGUAAUAACCACAUUGACAGCAACGUCACUCCGUUCCACAAUAUUGCUGUUUGGUCAGCGGUUAAGUUUGUCGUUUCUGAAAAAGAAGGCGGAGCAGCAUUUCUUCCACUUAUAACCGAUCCGGAAAAUAUUGACAAAUCUACUUUAUUUCAGCCGUUAUCCUCCUCCGAGCAACGCAAAAUCGCCUCCAGUUUGCAUGCACCAAUUUUCGCAGUGGUUAUGCGAUCAUCGGGUGUCCCAAAAGUUCUCGAAUGCCAUGGUUUCGUUUGCAAGAGCACCGAAGAUGCAAUUGUCAUUGCUGCUACCCUUUACCAGAGCCUAAUGGCUCACGUAAGUGCGAGCAGUCAUCGCAGUACAAAGCGACGAACCCCCCGGAACCAAAAUGGCGUCAGUUGUAUAAGCAUUGCCAGCAGUUCCGCUCUGACAGGCUCGAACUACCUGUCCCGAUCAGCUGUGACGAGUAUUUCGGUGGGACGAAAGAACUCGGUGCGUAGCUCUUAUCGCGGUGGACCAGCUGUGCCAUCGCGAACAGGACGGAAAAAACGCACAACUCCCGGAAAUUCACUCUCUGGAAGCACAGACAUUAUAAACGAGAGCAUCGAAACAACGACUGAGGAACGCAAACGAAAAUCCCACAAAACCCGCCGAGCUCCACCGAUUCCGACAAACAGUAGCAUUGUCCAGCAAAAGGAAAUUAUCAACAGUCGAAUGAUUCAUCAUCAACAGGACGUAAUUCUUACCAAACAUAGAAUUCACUCCGAAAACUCAGACCUCUGCGACUCAUCGUAUUCGGGUCCGAACAAUAAUAUCAAUAAUAACAGCUGCAACGUCCUCGAACGACGCAACAAACAUUCAAAUCACUCAAAUGACAGUAUCUAUCGAACAACAAAUACAUCGGGCACUGUUGGCCGAGGUUUUGACACAAACGGCGACAUCCUUACUCGAGUGGCAAUACCUAGAUCCGGUAGCUUCCUGAAUACAGGAGGGCUUACACGGUAUAAAUCUCGUGCUGCUCGCCGUCACUCUGGUGGCAAAAUUGGCGGAGGUGGUGGAUCACCUCUGGGAUUCAGUGAACUCUUUAACGAGUUUCGAUUGCAUGAGAAUCUUCAUUCAUUGGAUGAUAUAUUGAAUGCCAUAAUCGAUGCGGAUGGGAUGUCGUUUAAUGAUUUGAAACCAAUUUACAAAGAGUUUCUACUUAAAUUGGCUGUAACGCUCACUAAAGACGAACUUUAUCAACGUUCGAAAAAUAUAAUGCGAAGACAAAAGAAGAAGAAAUUGAAACGCCGGAAUAGUAAUAUAAAUUCACAACAGAAAAAACCGAAAACUUUGUUUUUUGGUGCCAAAAGCCUCAAAAAGGUUUUUCAGUUCGGCCAAUUUCGCGCUUGCCGCGGAAAGCCGCCGAAGCCGCCUCGGAAUAAAGAAGCUUUACAACAAAGUGCCUCACCACCACCGCCCUUAAUAAAUAAUAGCUUAUCAGCCAAUCUACCCAAAUCUACUGCUGCUCAUCUACAACAACAGCAACAACAGCAGCUAAUGCAUAAUCGGAGUCGUGUUGCAACAAGUGGUUCAGAUGUUUCGAUGGCACGUAACGAACAAGCAUUCAAUGGAAUCAACCGAAACAGCUCCAGUGGAUACGUAUCAUGUUCUGAAUGCAGCUACGACUCCGAAGCAUGUACCUGCGUAUCCGCAGAUCGUUGCUAUUGUAGCUUAGGCGCCGAUCACAAUCAAUUGAACGAAAAAUUACGGAAGAAAAGCUCACAAACAAUGAACAGUAGCGGAACUUUUGUAAAAGCCCAUCGGGCUCAUUCAAAAAAUUGCAAUAUGAAACCUCUCGCGUCAUCACAAAGUAUUUCGACGAUAAAUCGUCAAUCGCUGAUAUCCUGCAAGUCCGAGGACAAGUGCUAUUGUUCGAUGGUGGAAACGACCAAUGGUGAAGAGGACACCGGACAUUCAGACACGACAACUUGGUGUGACACUGACAGCUGUGUCAGUGCAAGCAAGUGCUAUUGUCAACGUCCACAUCGCCGAGUUGAAAGUCCCCAACGACGAUCUUCCAAACAGAGUUUGACAACAACGACAGGCAAUACACCACAGCUACGCAACAAACCCUGUGAAAAACUCGCCCUGGAUUAUGAACUCUUCACUGUUGGUGGCAAUGGAAAAUCUGUGCAGCCGCAUGAAGCACUGAGCGUAAAGAAAAGCGUAGAAGCAGCUGCCCUCUUUGCCGAUGUCAAACUCAGCCAGACCACCGAUAUCAAAAGCUUAUGUGGUGCCGGUGGUGGUGGUGGUGGUUCAUCAAAUAAGACAUCAUCUGUGGCCAGUUCCAGCCGAAGGCAGUCGAAGAGGCGCGAUCGAGACUCGUUAUCGAGCUCAACCGAUCGCCACAAGCACCGAACAUCAGGAUCGAUAUCUUCAUCAGGCGGUAAAGGUGGUAGAAGUGGUGGGAAUGGUGAAGGUGGUAAAGAAGAAUCUCCCUCCCAAAAGUCAUACUCGGCUGAUGAUCUUCUGAACAAAUUAAGUGCAAUCGACAAAUUCGGGUCGAACGGUACCUACAGCAUCAGUGAUAAAUUAAAAGAAAAUUCCUCUUCGGGUCAUUAUCAGUCGAUGAGAGCUGUGAGUGCCUCCUUGGAAGACACACUUGGGUAUUUGCCAUGAUGUCAAAUGCUUUAUUGCUCCAGAACUGAUAGAUACAAUAUCUAGUAGCCUUCGUUAUUCUUUGAUGGACACAGAAUUUCUAAAUGACACACUCUCUUUUUUUGGUCAUCUUGUCUUCUUUUAAUUAAACAACAACAACAACAACAAUGACGAAGACAAGAUGAUGAUAAUGAGAGAAUGAUGAUGACAGAUGAUGUUGAACAUGGUGGAAAGAUAUUUUCCUCAUGUCACAUUCUUAGCUGGUAUAAGAAGAUAUACUUUUUACAUUUUUAUGCUCGUAUAAGACUCUAGACAGUUAGUUUUGUAGUUUUUAAUCACAAUCAAUGUUAAAUUUAAUUGGCAAAAUAGUUUUUGUUUUGCAAUCGAUUUGUUACCACACAACAAUGAUGAUGCAGAAAUUAGUUAGAAAGUAUUCAAUUAGAAAUAAAUAAAUAUUUAUCAAAACAAUUUAAUUGAUUUUUUGAAUGAUCAUACAACGUAAUGGAAUAAAACAACUUAUUUGCGAGACAAAAACUAAUUACUCAUAGGUAUUUCAUUGUUCGAAUUUAAUUUUAAAAAUUGAGAAGUUAGCCCCUUUUAUUUUAGAAGCACAAAUAAAAUUCAGCUGAAAUAGCUGACUAUUUAGAUUGAAAAGAACUUGAACCUCGUUCUUCGCUCGUUUGGACCUUUUUGUAACCAAUAGCAUUGGAAAGAUUAUUAUUGUUCAUUAUAUUUCAAAAGCUUUUUUAGUUCUGUCAAUAAAUACGGUGUUUGAAAAAUAUAGAAUUUUUGAGUUUGUUAUAUUUGACAGCUAUGGCGAUCAUCGCCAUUGUAUUUAGUCAGUUUCAACAAGUUUUCAAUUAAAACUGUAUCUAACGACAACGCCUACGAUCACGCAUACAAUUUCUUGGGUACCAAAUGUAUCCACAAUUUCGGAUAGCUUUGACUUCACUACUUCCAUCAUAAUGUUUGCCUUAUUUUCGAUCAGCUCUGUGCACUUUGACGUGUCUAAAGUAUCAAUAUUUGUUUUGUGUCAUGUGUCACAUUUUAUUUUGACAGAUUAUUUAAACCAAAACUAUCAGUUUGUCAAACUGUGCCUCAGUAUUGUGCCUUCACCUUUAAGCAGCUUUAACGCUUCAUAUUUCUUUUAAUCUUCGUCUAUUAAAUUUAAGAGGUGGUGCUAACUUAUUUCUUUUUGUUCUUGUAGUUAAUUUAGUUGAAAAGUGGGGUAAAUAAUAUAUGGGUAUUGGUAAAAUUAUAUUUAUAUUAUUUUAUAUAACCACUUAAUAAAUUUUACUAUAAUAUAUAAAGCCAUUGUGACUGUAUUAUGUCCUUAUUUUAAAUUAAUUUGUAUUAAAUAUCGUAACACAUUUACAAAAGUAAACAUAAUUAAAUUUAACAUGUGCAAUAAAAAUUACCAUUGCAAUAAAUAAACAAAUUAAGUGCAAUAUUUUAAUAAAAACUAUUUUCUUUUUUAAUUUAU